AUGCCGAUCGAAUUUGUUUGCAAAAUCAAAUUUGCAGAGGAGGAUGAGCAGCAGAAAGGUAGGCAGGAGGCGGAUAAGGAGAGUUUGAUAGAGGAGAGCUGCGCCCCCCCGGUCAAGGACCUGGCCGGCUUCGCCAACUCCUGCUCCCUGCACGGGAUCAACCACAUCUUCGUGUCCGGGCGCCUGGGCGUCCGGCAGACCCUGUGGGCGCUGGUCUUCUCGGUCUCCCUGGUCUUCUUCCUGUACCAGGCGGCCAAGUCCGCCAUCUCGUACCUGGAGCACCCGCACGUGACGGUGCUGAGCGAGGAGGCCAGCCGGGAGAUGGUGUUCCCCGCCGUGACCAUCUGCAACAUAAACCGCUUCCGCUUCUCCGCGCUCAGCGACGCCGACAUCUACCACCUGGCCAACCUGACGGGGCUGCCGCCCAAGAACAAGGACGGACACAAGCCCACCGAUCUGGAGUACCCCGCCCCCGACAUGCUGGACAUCUUUAACAGGACGGGGCACCAGCUGGAUGGGAUGCUGAAGAGCUGCAACUUCAGCGGGCACAACUGCUCCGCCAAGGACUUCUCUGUGGUCUACACACGAUAUGGAAAAUGCUAUACCUUCAAUGGGGACAAGGCCGCAGAGAAAAUCAAGACAUCGAAGCAGGGAGGGAUGGGUAACGGCCUGGAGAUUAUGUUGGACAUCCAGCAAGAUGAAUACCUGCCCAUCUGGAAAGAGACCAAUGAGACAUCGUUGGAGGCUGGAAUCCGGGUGCAGAUCCACAGUCAGGAUGAGCCUCCCUACAUCCACCAGCUGGGCUUCGGGGUCUCUCCAGGAUUUCAGACUUUUGUUUCCUGCCAGGAGCAGAAGCUGACCUUCCUGCCCGAACCCUGGGGGAAAUGUCGCAAGAAAGACGAAAAGGUGACACCGUUUGAGUUCUACAGCAUCAGCGCGUGUCGUCUGAAAUGUGAAUCCAAGGAGGUGGUGAACAAGUGUGGUUGCAGAAUGUUGCACAUGCCAGGAAACGAGACCAUAUGUUCUCCAGACAAAAUUAACUGCGUAGAGAGAGCUCUUGAUGAUUUUCUGAAGAACUCUGCAGACAGCUGUACCUGUGAAACACCCUGUGAGGUGACCCGCUAUGGCAAAGAGCUCUCCAUGGUGAAGAUACCGAGUAAGGGCUCUGCACGCUUCCUGGCCCGAAGAUAUAACAAAACUGUCGAAUACAUCAGGGACAACUUCCUUGUCCUGGAUAUUUUUUUUGAAGCCCUAAGCUACGAAACUAUAGAGCAGAGGAGAGCCCACAGUGUGGCUGGAUUAUUAGGUGACAUUGGUGGUCAGAUGGGACUCUUCAUUGGUGCCAGCAUUCUGACCAUUUUAGAAAUAUUUGACUACAUCUAUGAGGUGAUUAAGAGCAGGCUGCUGCGUGUGUUGAGGCCACAGAAGGAGCAGAAGACCAAGCCAACGAGCACUGUAGCUACGGUGGGCCUGGAGGACAUGAAGACCAAGGCCAGCUUACCCGAAUCCUGCGAAACACCCAGGAGUCAAGUGGAGGGUGCUUACUCAAACACGAUACUGCCAAACCACCACCAUCACGUGCACCGCAGUGUCUUUGAGGACUUCGCCUGCUAGAACCUCCCAAUCCUCCAGCUCCUGCUGGAUCUGGGGUUUUUACCAGACACUUGGAUCUCAGUUCUGCCUUUCCUGCCAUUACCAGUGAAAGCUACAGCCAAAGUCUAACACCAAACUUGUGCUGCUAACAGACCUAUUGUACACAGGCAGAGAGUGGAGGCCUCAGUGUGGUCCUGCUGAACACUGGCACCCUUUCCCCACCCCCUCCUUUGGGAAGCUGUCCUCUCAGAUAUAAUUUUAAAAUGGAUGAUUUUCCUACAGGACCACCUAAAGAGAAAGGAGAAUCGCAUGUCGUCUAGAUACAGUUCAUAGUCAAGAAUAAAUACGCAUAUCUUUGUCAGAUUUUUAGUUUGUGAAUUUAUCUGGUUUUUUAGUAUUUAUUUCAGGUUCUCACUGUGCAUCCAAAAUGUCCCGUGUCUAUUUAUCAAAUUACAUAGAAUAGUUAUUUAUUAUGAGGAGAUGUAUAUGCAUAUAUAUGUAGAUAUUAGAGGCAAAUUAAUUUUAUUAAAAUUAUUCCACUAUGGAGAGAUGUCUAUAUCUGUAGCAAUCAUACAAUCAUCAUGUCUCUUUGUUCUUUCCCAACUUCAUAACAAAAAAUCUGAUUUACAAUUAAACCAACUCAGCCAAGCUAAAGGCAGGUUGAUUCUAGUUUAAGUUUCUUAGUUGACUGCAUUGGACAGAACAAAUGUGUUGGGAGGACUGAUACCAUGCAAUAUACUGCACAACAUUUUUCUUUAAGUAAUGUGUACUAUGUCCUGUCAUUGGUUCUUAAAUAAAUACAAAAUCAAGAGUUCUCCUCCAGUAAUACAGAGAUCUAAAUAUGUGAAAAAUUCACUCACUACCCGUAGCUCUCAUGCAUCGGGAAUCCACUUUCUCUGUGUGGGGUUUUAGAUAUGCCCCAUAAUCCAAACUAAACCAUUUCAGUACAGGGAAGUUACGGUUAUAUCACUGAUGUGUUGAUUGCUUUUAUUUGGCAGGUGAUAGGCUAAAGCAUUAUAUGUGUAAACAGUAUGGUUGGAACCACAUCAUUCAGAACUCUCAGAUGAAACCUAUGGUGACAAGACUUCACCUUGUUUUGUUUUGACAGUCCAUGUGAUAUUGGGUGUAUAAAAACUAAUCAAAUUCUACAUGCUCUACAUUUUCUUCCCUUAUUUUACCUUAUGAUCUGUGGACAUAUAUCACAGAAUGCUAGACCUCAUUCUACAUUAAUAUUCACUGAAGAAAUGUGUGCAUGCAUUUUCUCAUAUUGUGCUAUAUCUGAAUCAUAAUAAGCAAAUGUUACAUCAGUAAAUUAAGUUUAAACAUGAUAAUCCAUAAAUGAAUCCAGUAUGUAGCAUAUUGAAUACAUAAAGCAUGCCUGCCUUCCAUUAUCAAUAAUCAUGAGCUAUGCAUGGCUUUCUAACAUUUUAACAUACUCAAACAUGUAUUUGAAUUACCUUUAUACAUACAGUCUUGAAUGGCACUCAGUCCUGGCUACACAUGUAAUUAUGAUUAUUAGUCAUAACCAACAGUAUGCUCACAACAUAAUGUGUGGGGAAAGACAUGGCAGCAAUCAAUUUGUUAGUUUUAUUCAUAAAAUGGCCUUUGGUGGAGCCAUGAAAGCAAGGUGUAGUGAAUCGAUUUAAAUAGUAGUGCUGCUUUGUAGUACGUAGCUGGUCUGAGGACUUGAUCAGACAUCGUCAUGAUUUUGCUGACUGAGGGAAUACCACGUUCAGGCCCCAGUCCAGUCUGUCUGUUAUGUGUUUUAGUAUAAGCGACCGAAGCACUGAAAACUUAGCAGCAGUUGAUCAUUUUAUUUCAAUAAUUAUUGCAAUAGAACUGGUGUUGAAUUUGUAUGUUUGUUUUAUCAUGUGAAAACACACCAGUUAUAGACCUUUGUGUUGUUUUUAACUGUAUACUUAUUUUUACACAUUAUGUUUGGUACAUUAUACAGUGCUGUAUGGAGAUUGUAUGUUCACAAAACCUAAGCACUUUGUUCUGAUUCCUGUGUAUUGCUUAUUCAUGUUUAUUUGUGUACCUGAAUAUUAGCACGUACAACAGCAAGAGGAACACCGUGGGAUAUCAGUGGAGCAUGCAGAAUUUACCUGUCAAGGUACGCCACAUUCCUGUACGAUACGGAAGCAUAUGGACAUAUUUAUUGAAUCGAUUAGGCAAUGCUAAAUACAAUUUGUACAGAUGUCUACUGUUGUUACUGUGAUUUUUUUUAACACAUUUUAUAAAUGUAAUGGCAAUUAUAAGGAUUCAUUAUUAAAAUGAAGUGACUGAAA